AGCAAAGUAACUCCGGAGGACGAAAGGAGCCGGUGCUGCCGCGGUGCUGCGCCCGUCGCGCCGCAGACGGCUGCCCCGGCGGGCGGGUGGCCCUGGGCGCGGGGCUUUCCCAAGCGGGAGGGCUGGGCGAGGCGAGCUCCGCCCGCCGCCGCGGGCCGGGGCAGCCCCGGCCUCUUUGGGAAACUUCUCGGCAAGUCGGCAUGGGCAGGGGGGCCGGCGCCGCGGCCUCACUGCCGCUGCUGGCGGCGCUCGCCCUGCUGCUGGCCGGAGGCUCGCCCGCUCUGCCGGGGGCGGCCCGCGCUCAGCUCUCCGCAGGGGGAUGUACCUUCGACGAUGGUCCAGGGCCCUGUGACUACCAUCAAGACUUGUAUGAUGAUUUUGACUGGGUACACGUCAGUGCUCAAGAGCCUCACUAUUUGCCACCUGAGAUGCCUCAAGGGUCAUAUAUGAUAGUGAUUUCCUCGGACCAUGACCCUGGAGAAAAGACUCGACUUCAGCUUCCAACAAUGAAAGAAAAUGAUACUCACUGUAUCGAUUUCAGUUACCUUCUGUAUAGCAAGAGUGGAGCAAACCCAGGAACUCUGAACAUCCUGGUUAGGGUGAACAAAGGGCCACUGGCUAAUCCCAUCUGGAAUGUCACUGGCUCCACUGGCAAAGACUGGCUUCGAGCAGAGUUGGCUGUCAGCACCUUCUGGCCCAAUGAGUAUCAGGUAAUAUUUGAAGCUGAAGUCUCAGAUGGGAGAAAUGGCUACAUUGCCAUUGAUGACAUCCAGGUUCUGAGUUACCCUUGUGAUAAAUCUCCACAUUUCUUGAGGCUGGGGGAUGUAGAGGUCAAUGCAGGGCAGAAUGCUACAUUUCAGUGCAUUGCUACAGGGAGAGAUGCCGUGAAUAACAAGUUAUGGCUGCAGAGAAGGAAUGGGGAAGAUAUUCCAGUUGCUCAGACUAAAAAUAUAAAUCACAGAAGAUUUGCUGCUACCUUUAAGUUGCAAGAGGUGACAAAAACUGACCAGGAUUUAUACCGUUGCGUAACUCAAUCAGAGAGAGGGUCUGGAGUGUCAAAUUUCGCUCAACUUAUUGUUCGAGAGCCUCCUCGACCCAUAGCACCCCCGCAGUUGCUGGGCGUUGGGCCAACAUAUUUGCUGAUUCAGCUCAAUGCAAAUUCAAUUAUUGGUGAUGGACCCAUUAUUCUGAAAGAAGUGGAGUACCGAAUGACAUCUGGGACCUGGACUGAAACCCAUGCUGUCAAUGCCCCAACCUACAAACUCUGGCACUUGGAUCCAGACACUGAAUAUGAGAUUCGGGUCUUGCUCACCAGACCCGGUGAAGGUGGGACCGGACAGCCAGGACCACCACUCAUCACCAGAACCAAGUGUGCAGAGCCUAUGAGAACACCAAAAACUUUGAAGAUUGCUGAGAUUCAGGCCAGACACAUUGCCGUGGACUGGGAGUCUCUGGGUUACAAUAUCACUCGUUGCCACACUUUCAAUGUCACUAUAUGCUACCAUUACUUCUGUGGACGCAAUGAGAGCAAGGCAGACUGCUUGGACAUGGACCCCAAAGCACCCCAGCAUGUUGUGGAUCAUCUGCCUCCGUACACAAAUGUCAGCCUCAAAAUGAUCUUAACCAACCCAGAAGGGAGGAAGGAAAGUGAGGAGACCAUUAUCCAGACAGAUGAAGAUGUUCCAGGUCCUAUACCUGCCAAGUCAGUGAAAGGAACUCCUUUUGAAGAUAAGAUCUUCCUCAACUGGAAGGAACCUGUGGACCCAAAUGGCAUCAUUACUCAGUAUGAGGUGAGCUACAGCAGUAUACGGUCGUUUGAUCCUGCAGUUCCAGUGGCAGGACCUCCACAAACUGUGUCAAAACUGUGGAACAGCACGCACCACGUCUUCUCACACUUACAUCCUGGGACUACUUACCAGUUCUUUUUACGUGCAAGCACUGUCAAGGGGUUUGGGCCAGCAACCACAAUCAAUGUAACAACCAACAUUUCAGCUCCCACUUUACCGGACUAUGAAGGAGUUGAUGCGUCGCUCAAUGAAACUGCUACUACAAUAACUGUGCUCUUGAGACCAGCGCAGGCCAAAGGUGCUCCUAUCAGUGCCUACCAGAUUGUUGUUGAGGAGCUGCACCCACACCGAACAAAGCGAGAGACGGGUGCCAUGGAAUGCUACCAGAUCCCCGUCACCUACCAGACGGCUCUCAGUGGUGGAUCGCCAUAUUACUUUGCUGCUGAGCUGCCCCCUGGCAACCUGCCAGAGCCAGCCCCUUUCACCGUAGGUGACAACAGGACCUACCAGGGUUUCUGGAAUCCACCACUGGCUCCUCGGAAGGGCUACAACAUCUAUUUCCAGGCCAUGAGCAGCGUUGAGAAGGAAACCAAAACUCAGUGUGUUCGAAUAGCUACCAAAGCAGCAGCAACAGAAGAACCUGAGGUGAUUCCAGAUCCGGCAAAGCAGACAGAUCGGGUGGUGAAGAUAGCAGGAAUAAGUGCGGGAAUUCUGGUAUUCAUCCUGCUUCUCCUUGUUGUCAUAUUAAUCGUAAAAAAAAGGCUGGGCAGCAAACUUGCAAAGAAGCGCAAGGAUGCCAUGGGGACCACCCGACAGGAGAUGACGCACAUGGUGAAUGCGAUGGAUAGAAGUUAUGCUGACCAGAGCACCUUGCAUGCAGAGGAUCCCCUUUCAAUUACAUUUAUGGAUUCUCAUAACUUCAGCCCCAGAUAUGAAAAUCACAGUGCAACGGCAGAGUCCAGUCGCCUCCUGGAUGUCCCCCGUUACCUGUGUGAAGGCACAGAGUCCCCUUACCAGACCGGGCAGCUGCACCCUGCCAUCAGGGUGGCUGAUCUACUGCAGCACAUUAACCUGAUGAAGACUUCUGACAGCUAUGGAUUUAAAGAGGAGUAUGAGAGUUUCUUUGAGGGGCAGUCAGCUUCUUGGGAUGUCGCUAAGAAGGAUCAAAACAGAGCAAAGAAUCGCUAUGGAAACAUUAUAGCAUAUGACCACUCCAGGGUGAUUUUGCAACCUGUUGAAGAUGAUCCAUCUUCAGAUUACAUUAAUGCCAACUACAUAGAUGGAUAUCAGAGACCAAGUCACUACAUUGCAACCCAAGGUCCAGUUCAUGAGACUGUGUAUGAUUUUUGGAGAAUGAUAUGGCAGGAGCAGUCAGCUUGUGUUGUGAUGGUCACAAACUUAGUGGAAGUUGGAAGAGUCAAGUGUUACAAAUAUUGGCCUGACGACACAGAAGUUUAUGGUGACUUCAAAGUGACUUGUGUAGAGAUGGAGCCCCUGGCAGAGUACGUGGUCAGGACCUUCACUCUUGGAAGGAGAGGCUACAAUGAAAUCCGUGAAGUUAAACAGUUUCAUUUCACUGGCUGGCCUGAUCAUGGAGUUCCUUACAAUGCUACAGGCCUGCUUUCAUUUAUACGGAGAGUCAAAUUAUCUAAUCCUCCUAGUGCAGGACCUAUUGUCGUCCACUGCAGUGCUGGUGCUGGACGCACAGGUUGUUACAUUGUGAUCGAUAUCAUGCUUGAUAUGGCAGAAAGAGAAGGCGUUGUGGAUAUCUACAACUGUGUCAAAGCAUUACGAUCCCGUCGCAUCAACAUGGUACAGACAGAGGAGCAGUACAUCUUUAUUCAUGAUGCCAUUCUAGAAGCUUGCCUGUGUGGGGAAACUGCCAUUCCUGUCUGUGAAUUCAAAGCUGCUUAUUUUGAUAUGAUUAGAAUAGACUCUCAGACGAACUCUUCGCAUCUCAAAGAUGAGUUUCAGACCCUGAAUUCUGUUACCCCUCGCCUGCAAGCUGAGGACUGCAGCAUAGCUUGCUUGCCAAGGAACCAUGACAAGAACCGCUUCAUGGAUAUGCUGCCACCUGACAGAUGUCUGCCCUUCUUAAUUACUAUUGAUGGGGAGAGCAGCAACUACAUCAAUGCAGCUCUUAUGGAUAGCUACAGGCAGCCAGCAGCUUUUAUUGUCACGCAACAUCCUUUACCAAACACUGUGAAAGAUUUCUGGAGAUUAGUGUAUGACUACGGCUGUACUUCGCUUGUGAUGUUAAACGAGGUCGACUUAGCACAGGGCUGCCCACAAUACUGGCCUGAAGAAGGAAUACUACGGUACGGUCCCAUUCAAGUGGAAUGCGUGUCUUGUUCAAUGGACUGCGACGUAAUAAACCGAAUUUUCAGGAUAUGCAAUCUAACAAGACCACAAGAGGGCUAUCUAAUGGUGCAGCAAUUCCAGUAUUUGGGAUGGGCUUCUCACAGAGAUGUACCAGCUUCCAAGAGAUCCUUUUUGAAGUUAAUCCUCCAAGUCGAAAAAUGGCAAGAGGAAUGUGAAGAAGGGGAGGGCCGGACCAUCAUUCAUUGCCUAAACGGUGGUGGCCGGAGUGGGAUGUUCUGUGCGAUCGGCAUUGUGGUUGAGAUGGUAAAAAGGCAGAAUGUGGUUGAUGUUUUCCAUGCUGUGAAGACUUUGAGGAACAGUAAACCCAACAUGGUAGAAACUCCGGAGCAGUACCGCUUCUGCUAUGACGUUGCACUGGAGUACCUGGAAUCCUCUUAGUUGGAAUGGAUGUGACAAAGUUCACGAAAUAUAUGAAUCUCGUUACGCUGUUUUGACAACAGUUCUUGAUCCUGUGAAGAAAGAUUUUAGGGGAAGAGGGGGAAGGGGGGAUUUUAAAUUUUAAAUGCAAAGUAUUUUUCUUAUGAAGUUGUGUAUCUUAAUAAAAGAAUUCAAUCUGUUUCUAUGCUUGUAUACAGUAUCAACAUUUAGUGCCACAUAAAUACUAUUUAAUGAAAACCAGAGUCAGAAGAGAUUUGCGCAAAUUAGGACUUUUCAGUGUUUGUAUAUGCAGCCGUCUCUCAAUUACAGUAGAGCAACCAUCUGUUGCAUGUAUCAAUAUUUCCUAUAUGGUAUUAAUUUUCUUUUUUUUUUCCUUUUGAUACAUUGUUAAAGUACAAUAACAGUGCAGAUUGAUAGUAAGGUUCAUUCUUUAUACGUUUCAAGUGUUGCAUAUAUAUAUUAUAUAUAGUUAAAAAAAAACCUGGCUUAUUUUGUUUUAAUGUGCAAUGAUGGCUGGAUCACAUAAAGAUCUUUAUAAAGAAACUUAAACAUAAGCCAAAGACUCAAGUGUAAAUAUGUCUAUAUGGAGAAAGCACAUGUAUUUAUUGUUUACUUGCAUUCCUUUUUUGAUGGCUGAAAAAAAGAAGAAUCAUUUUUCUUGAAGAAAGCUUUUUUUGCUGAAAUCAAGUGUAAACAAUUUUUGUAGUUUAUUUUUUGUAUGUUUAGUGUAAGUAGAAGACAUACUUUUUAUGCAUAGACCAAGAAACAUUGGUAUAGUGGUUUUGUUGUGUACAUGCUUGUGAAUCAGAUCCAUGUAAACGAUUAUAGAAGGUCUUUAACCACAGGACCAAAAUCAAAACAUUUUGCUGAAAAUGUAUAGUUUUUCACAUUUGCAUUAGUUCAAUACUGACUAAAAUCUAUGUAAGGAAGGGCGCUCAUCAUAUCGACUUCGCCUAUGACUUGCACAUCACUGGAAGAAAUUUUUAAGCACCGUUAGAGUUCUAAGGGAUCCAAUUGCUUAGAAAAACAUUGAAGCACAGGUCGACAGGAGAACUGUCAGGCAAAUAGAUGGCUCAACAAAUGCCCUUUAGUGCAAAAAGUAUUUGUUUAACAAAUUGUAAAAUUAAGCAAUGUUUAUUUUGAUGUUUACAAACAUGUAAGCUUUGCUUCCAAGAAAGCAAAAUUUGAAUAAACCAAAUCCAGAUUAUGAUUAUA